AUGGGGACAUCCCUCGAUGGGCUCACCACACCCUCCAGCCUAAGCCAGCGUAGGCAAACAACCUUCAAUCUCGACCUGCCGCCUCCCCAUGCUCUGCAGUUCAGUUCUGUGGUAUCGAGUCAGAAAUUCCCUCCUCUCUCAGGGAUCAAUACGUCGCACGCUAUUGCGCCCAUUAACCCGGGAAACCUUUUGACCCCCCCGUCCAAUUCAGCCUCGGAGAGCGGCGCUGCCUCAUCUGCAAUUCCCACGGGGACAACCCCAAACAGUGCAGCAGGCCCGGUGCUACCAUAUACGCCAACACUAUUCGGAACAGGGACCACGCCCACGGGAUACCACACGGGCUUCACACCUUCCUGGCAGAAUGGAUCUCUCGUGUCCGGCCGAUCCGUAUUUUCACCGAUACCAGGCGCCUUGAGGAACAGCACCAACUCCCCUUCAGCCGGAGAAGGCUCUGCAUUGCCCCCUCCACCCUAUGAUCUCCAUUCGGUUCAGCCGUACGGUGCCCCUGUUCCCCUCUCUUCUCCCUCAAACGCUGUCCACCAGACAGCCCAACAGAGCGUCAUAUCGCCGUUGUCGAACAGUGUGAAGCCACCCAACCAACAAUCCCCUGUGACGCCGGGCGACGGGCCGCACCAGUAUCAAAGUCCGCACCAUCAUUCCCUUGCCGCUCCUCGAGUUUCGCCGCCACUCCAUCAAGGGCCCCAGUCCCAGGCUCCUUUUAUGCGCCCGCCUCCGCCCUCAUAUUCACUGCCUGCCAUGCCUGGUGCGAUCAUGUCCAACGUCCACAGUCCAGGUGCUCAGAUGGCAAUGGUGGGCAAUAUGCAAGCCAACAUGUUACCCAUGGCUUUCAAUAGCGGCUAUGCGGCAAAUGCCCACAGCAUGUAUGGCCCGGCUCGGAGCAAUACACCCCAGCAACAACCGCUACACGACCGGCCUUUCAAGUGCGAUCAGUGCCCGCAAAGUUUCAACCGUAAUCAUGAUCUGAAGAGACACAAGAGGAUUCAUCUUGCUGUAAAGCCUUUUCCGUGCAAUCACUGCGACAAGAGCUUCUCUCGCAAAGACGCGCUGAAACGACAUAUCCUUGUCAAAGGCUGCGGCACUGGAAAUCCCUCCGACGUUACGGCCAGAGAGGAUGGUGUCAAGUCCGAGUCCGGAAGCGAUGGCAUCAAUGAAAGCCCGGCAGCUGCGCCAGCAGCUUAA